AGUUUGAUGGUGUGUAUAUACUAUACAUAUAUAUGGAGACGGCAUAUGCGACCACAACACAAGGCAUAUAUACAAAAUACUGCAUUUUACUAUCGGAUACGAUGAAAAACAUAACAGAUGUGUGCUUCGAGUUAUGUGUGAGUAUGAGUUUGGCUGUGUAUAAAAAAAAUUAAGUGUAUGUAUGGAAAAACAAAGCCGAAUGACAAUAUGUGUCAUUGGGAGACAGUAACUCAUUCGUCAGUUGAGUUUAGAAUUUUCGUUAAGGUAGACGUGAAAGCCUCGCUAAAGGUGCAUAUAAUUGUCAAACUAUGUUUAUAUCACAGCAAACGCGUUCGAAAACCACACAGAAAUCGAACGAUUCUAUUGUUUCAACAACUUUGUUUGAAUGAAAUUACUCAGAAAAUACAUUCACCAAGCAAUUUAAUUGAAAUUGGCCAGUCACGAGAUCAAUAGAAUUGCAGAGAUUUCGCACAAAAAUGCAACUAACCAGAAUCUAAUGAGUUGAUUUAGUUGAAUCAAUCAGUGAUAUUCAAUUGAAGGAGCUAAGAAUAACAAAAAAAAAUAAAAUAUAAUCAUCAUCAUCAUCAAAUGACGUGAUUGUGACAACCGUUCAACCGAACAUACUUGACAUCGACCAGUUAUUUGUGUUGUUUUCCUUUGUAAUGAAAUGAAUAGUGCGAAACACUUUUGACAGUAAAUACAUUUGAUUCUUGUCUACGUUGAAACAUAUCUGGUUAAACGUUGAAUUUUGGCAACAAUCAUAUUACCGUUUUGUUUUUAUUGUGCAAGUUCAUGUCAUUUGUUGUCGUUUAGUUGUGUUGUUCAUCGUAAAAUGUCCAAUUGAUUGCAUUGUCAAUUAUUAUAGUUUGAACAAUUUUUUGGUUUGUUGUUGUUCGAGAAAUGAGAAAAGUGUAUCGUCAAUUAGCCCCAACAAAUUGACCGAUAAAAGAAGAUUUGCGUGUCAAUUCAAGUGCAACGUUGAUUGGGAUUCAUUUGUUGUUUGCAUUAGAUAAAACUAGGAAGAGAAAAUGAGUGCAAAAGCCGCAAAUGAAAAGAACAUAACAAUAGAGAAUGACGAUGACACAGACAAAUCGCAAAAAUCCGAUUCGAUUGGCUUAUUGAAAACGUGCAGUAAUAUCUCAUCGAAAUUCUCACAUGGAAUCGACCGUAUGUUUUAUCGACUGGGUUAUACCGUUGCAACGCAUCCUGUGAAAACAAUUCUUCUGUCAUUUCUUCUAACUCUCAUAUGUAGCUCGGGUUAUUUUAAAUUUCAUAGUGAAAAGAAUCCACUCAAAUUAUGGAUCCCUCCAGAAUCAAAAUUUCUCAGGGAUACAGAAUGGCUGAUGAAGUCAUUCGAAGAAGGUUUUCGGUUACAAAGUGUACUAAUCACAGCACCAGAUGUACUUCAACCGCAUGUUCUGAAAAAGCUCUUGGAAAUCAGUAAAGAAGUCAUGAAUUUUAAUGCGAACCUAGAGAAUGGAACGUCAAUCGGAUGGAAUGAUGUGUGUUUUCAUAUUCCAAAUAUAGCGGAUUUCAAUGAAAAUGAUCAGAAACGUCGUAGAAAACGAAGCACACGAGAUUCGAAUUUGAUCUUAUCAAGCUUUGCCCAACAAUUGCACCGAAUGACGCGAAGUGAACGCCCAUUCGAUCCAAGCGUGGAUUUGGCGCCAAUAAUUUUCUGCAGCAUUGUAGAAUCAUUGCCCAUUGGUUGUAUGCUACAGAACUUUUUGGAAAUGUGGAAUUUCACUGAUGUAAAUCACAUGACCAAACAAGAUAUUUUGAAUGCACUGCACACGACCAGUACCAGCCAAACAACGGGUCAUGAAGCGAAUUUUGAGCGCUUGUUGGGAGGUGUUACGCGUAAUGAAACUGGUCAUAUCGUUGCCGCAACGGGAUUGAUGACGAAUUGGAUGGUUUAUGUUAACUUUUUGAAAGUGAAUCAUGACAAAGUUGGAAACUCGGCUGGUACAGAGGAUUGGGCUUCGGAAGAAGCACUUGCAUGGGAACAAGAAUUUUUGAAUACAAUGAAAAUAAUGAAGGAGGAUCUGGAAGAUGAUGAAACAAAAAUCUAUUACUCAGCUGGCAGAAGUUACGGUGACAUCAGUUCGGCAACCAUGUUCCAAGACAUGAAUAAAAUAGUGUUCGGUAGCGCGAUGAUGUUUAUGUUCAUGAUUAUGGUUCUGUCCAAAUUCGGAUGGGUUGAAUUGAGAGUGUUACUCUGCAGCAUGGGUUUGAUGAGUGUCGGAAUGGCAUUUGCAUCAGCCAUUGGCUUGUGUUCGUAUCUCGGCAUUUCGUAUGGUCCUGUGCAUACAUCGUUACCCUUCCUACUGAUGGGUCUGGGUAUUGAUGAUAUGUUUGUAAUAAUGGCGUGUUGGCAGAAGGUGCAAAGAGAGCACAUAUCGCCUCGAGAUCCAUCAACGCUUCCCGAACGCAUCGGAAUGAUGCUUCAAAUGGCCGGCAGCUCCAUUACAAUCACAUCAUUCACUGAUGUCGUUGCAUUCGUCAUCGGAUCUAUUACUAUUCUUCCUUCCUUGGAAUCAUUCUGCUUAUACGCUGGCAUGGGUGUCGUUCUGAUAUUCAUCUAUGUCAACACAUUUGUGGUGGCAAUUUUUGUAAUUGACGAAAAACGUAUUUUGGGCAAUCGCAACGCAUUCGCGCCGUGUAUCACACAUAAAUCUAACACACUAUGGUGUGAUGCACAUUUGAUGGAUCGAAUCGUGAAAUACAUGUACACCAAUUUCAUUAUGACAAAAUCGGGAAAAAUUAUUGUCCUGAUGACAACAGUGGCUGUGACGUCGUACUCUUUCACCGGUCUAUUGCGGCUCGAGCAAAAAUUCGAUCCAAAUUGGUUUAUCCCACAACGUACUUAUCUCAGUAAAUUUACGGCUGUUAAAAACGAUCUCUUCCCCGACCAAGGCUACGAAGCGAUGAUUUUGAUGGGAAGCCUCAAUUACACUGAAGAACUAAAUCAUAUUGCAAAUAUGGUUGAAACGAUUGAAAAUCGAACCGAUUUAGUACACGAAAUAACGUCAUGGGUAAAUCCAUUCCAUCAGUUUGUUCAAACUUAUUAUGAGGUUGAUUUCUUCAAUCAGACAAUGAGCGAUUACGAUUUUCGGUUUUACCUUUCGAAAUUCUUGCACACUCGUAAAGGUGGCAAAUAUCGAGCAAAUUUCCGAUUCAAAUCACUGCUUGUUUGUGGUGAACCAGUGCCAGAAAUCACCGUUUCCACCAUCAAUUUCAGUUACAAACGAUUUGAUGGACGCAAUAACUAUCUGCCCGCUAUGCACGCAAUUGAAAAAAUCGUAGAAGAAGCGGAACUACAUAGUGGAGAUGCAUUUGCAACCGUAUGGGGGAGAAUAUAUGGGAACUGGGUGACAGAUGAGGUAAUCGAUGAGGAGGUCAGCAGAAACAUUAUGUUGGCAUUGGGUUGUGUUAUGUUCUGUACAACAAUUUUAAUAUUAAAUCCGAAUAUUUGCUUUUGGAUAUUUAUGUGCGUCGUGUUGACACUGAUAAAUGUAUGCGGCCUAAUGGAAGCGUGGGGAUUGACAAUUGAUUUGGUGUCGUGCAUUGGACUGGAAUUGGCGGUUGGUUUGUGCGUUGACUAUGCGGCUCAUAUAGGCCAUACAUUUUUAGUUACCGGACCUGGAACAAAACAUGAACGAGCUUUGCAUACAGUUACGCAUAUUGUGCCGGCUGUUUUUUAUGGUGGUCUGUCCACUUUGCUUGCCGUUUCAAUGUUGGCUAAUUCCGAAGCGUACACCUUCCAAGCCUUUUUCAAGAUUUUCCUUCUAGUGAUCAUAUUCGGAUUGUUCUUCGGCCUUAUAUUUUUGCCUGUGAUUCUGAGUUUCUUUGGACCGGCCGAAUUCCAUUCCCAUUCAGCAAAUGAAUACCAAGCUACACCGACCAAUGACAACGACAGACGAAAACGCCGUCUCAAUCAUCCGGACGGUUCAAACAACAGAGAAAUGGUAUCGUUCAUUCAGCCAAAUGAAAAUGUUGAUGUGGACGAAAAAACUCAAAAGGAUAUUGCACAAUAGGAUACGGGAAAAUACUUCAAGCGAAUGACUUGACUUCACACAUGUUACCAUUUUAAGUGAUGGUUAAUUCUAAGGAGUGCCAAUAAGUUAUUCAAACCAUUGUGUCUGCACAAAUUUGUGGAAAUUGAUUUUAUCAUGAUGUUAAAUGGUUAUAGAUCGACGUCAGCAUUAAUUACAACACCUUUCUAGAUAGUAGAAUGUAUUAUUAGGAAUAACAUCGAUUCAUUUUUGAUACGUAUAUUUUUUGCUGAAAUGCCAAAAUCUAGCCUUAGAGUAAAGAACGAAAGAAUGUUUUGGUUCAAGUGUCACACUUUGCACUGUAUCGUGACAACAUUUAUUGAUUCAUUUUGGAAGAAAAAAAUUAGAUAAUUAAAAUUUAGUUAAACAAACAGUCUAUUUGGAAUGCCAUUUGUACAUAUUGUAUUAGUCAGAUCAAAUAGAAAUGUUUUGUUAUGCGAACACCAAUUCCAUUCGAAAUGUACACAGGUCUGAUAAAACAUGUUGGAAUUAUGGACAUUUUAUAUUAAAAACUAAAUGAAAGAAAAAAUCAUGGAA